AUGGGUGAAGAUGGUUCAGCACAAAAUGUUACUUUGGAGAAUUGGAUGAGAGAGCUACCAGAACAAUUAAAGAAUCUUCCAUUAAUUUACCUUGCUAUUCCAGGUAGCCAUGACUCGAUGACUUAUGGCAUUACAAGAUCAAGUGGGAUAGCUCCAGAUGCUGAGCCAAUUGUCAAGAAACUGUACCCUUUGUUUCGAGGUACGAUCUUACGUUGGACCAUAACACAGGCCGUAGAUACCCCGCAGCAACUACUCAUUGGCAUUAGGUACUUUGACUUAAGGCUUGCAACAAAGACUGGUGAUGCCAAAUUUUAUUUUACGCAUGGACUGUAUGCUGAUGAAAUAACAGAGGCUUUACAUCAAGUGAUGAAUUUUGUUGAUUCACAUCCUGGUGAGGUUGUUAUAUUAGACUUCCAGCAUUUUUACGGAUUCACGCUAGACGAUCACCAACGACUUAUGCGGUUUCUAUUGGGCUUAUUUGGACCGCGGCUUGUUCCCAGACAAAUAGAUAUACAAAAAGUUACCCUUAACUCACUAGCGAGAUUAAAUCAGCAAAUUGUAGUUGUAUAUCGACAUCAAUCGGUAUAUGCUACCAAUGAGUUUUGGCAGCCACAAAUGAUGCCGUCCCCUUGGCCUCGGCAAGAUCAUGUCAGUGGUCUACUGAACUUCUUGCGUCAUGUAAAGCGACAUCCUGGUAUGGGAUUCAUUCACCAAGUGGUAUUGACGCCUACACCCGCUUUUAUUUUCUUCAGAUGGAUAUCCUCACUUCGCGAAAAAUGUGCAAUUCCUGUAAAAAAUGAAGUACUUCCGAAAUUAUUAGAUUUCUCUCCAGGACCACCCUUGACAAACGAAGCUUCCCAAGCACCAGUUAAUGUAGUUAUUGCAGACUUUGUUGAAAUGGAUGACAGUACAUUCCCCAAAACUAUCAUACAACUCAAUAUGAAACUUUUAAAAAAUGUUGAUUUAGUUUAUCACAACCAUGGGUAA